AUGACCCAUCAAGCUACAACCACUUACACGUUAAACUCUGGAGCUCAAAUCCCAGCUUUGGCCUUGGGAACAUGGCAAGCAACUGAUCAACAAGUUUAUGAAUCUGUUGUACAUGCUUUACAAAAAGGUUAUAGACAUAUUGACACUGCAGCUGCUUAUGGUAAUGAAGAACCAAUUGGUCGUGCUAUUAGGGAUUCUGGUGUUAAAAGAGAUGAGCUUUUCGUUACUACUAAAUUAUGGUCUUCAAAUCAUAAUGAUCCAGAAUCUGCAAUUAGAAAAUCAUUAGAGUUAUUAGGUCUUGAUUAUGUUGAUUUAUAUUUGAUUCAUUGGCCAGUUGCACUAAAUCCAAAUGGUAAUCAUCCUAUAGUUCCAACUAAACCUGAUGGUUCAAGAGAUAUAAUAUUAGAUUGGCCAUUCACCAAGACUUAUAAAUUAUUAGAACCGUUAGUUGAAAAAGGUUAUACAAAAUCUAUUGGUGUUUGUAACGUUACAAUUUCUAAAUUAGAUCAACUAUUAUCUUCAUCUGAUAUUAAGAUCAAACCUUCAGUUUUACAAGUUGAAUUACAUCCAUAUUUACCACAACAUAAACUAGUUAAAUAUGCUCAAGAUCAUGGAUUAGUUGUGGAAGCUUAUUCUCCAUUAGGCUCUUCAAAUUCUCCACUGUUAAAAGAUGAAGAUAUUCAAACCAUUGCUAAUAAAUAUGAUAAUGCUUCAAUUGCUACAAUCUUAGUUUCUUGGGCAAUUUGGAGAAAGACUGUUGUUUUAGCUAAAUCUGUUAAUCCAUUAAGAAUUGAAUCAAAUUCUCAAAUUGUUGAUCUAGGUGAUGAAGAUGGUGAAUUCUUAAAUAAUUUUGCUGAAAUAAAAGGUGGUAUCAAGAGAUUUGUUGAUCCAAAUUGGAGUCCGGUGGUUAUCUUUGAUACAAAUGAAUAA